AUGUUUUAUUAAUAAAAAGCUGAAAAUCUUGAUUUAAAGAAUUAAGAAUUAGAAAAGGAUGUAAUUUAUGCAAAAUAAAACUUAGCUGAUACACUUAAUGUAAUUUUAGCGUCUGGAGGUUAGAAACUUAUUGACUUUGUCGAAGGUAAGUUAACCUUUCGAGAAUCAUGA